AUGAGAACAACACCUCCACAAGGACGAAACAACAAGAGAUUAAAACUUGUGAGAACACACCCUGUUCAAUUACCAGUGACUCACAAGGUCAUUCGUCAUCGACCCAAUUUACAGAAGGAGCUCAGAUUUAGAAAGAACAACACAGGAUGUUACUACAAUAUGGAUUGGGGUUUGCAAAGCGUUUGGGUUGGACCUUCUCGUCAAGCCAGAUUCAUUCAUCUCAAUAAGGAAAAGGAAACUUCCAAGAAAUUGUCCUUCCAAAGUGCACCUUACACUUCCAAGAAGAGUCUCUUCCAUAAUCGUGGCAUGCUUCAGAACAUCAAAUACAAUUCCUUACAACGUAUUGAUAACAUGUUGCAUUCGUAUCGAAUUCGUACAUUGAAAUCACUCAAGCAACAAUCUCAACCAACUACAGGUGAAUCGAGUUUGAGUAAACCACGAGUUGGAAUUCAAGGACCUCUUGCUUCUGCUGGUGCAGGUUUGAGUCAGAAGGAAUUGAUGAAGAAGAUUUAUGUCAAGAAACAAAAACCAAUGGCAGUGAUUGGAGGACCAUCGAGUUCGAGUCAAAAGAAGACGACAGCACCUGUUCAGAAGAAGAAGCAGUAA